CCAUUCAUUCCCUCCCAAUCUCCCCAACGCCGAUUCAAUCCCCAAGUUCUCCUCAAUUACUUGAAUCAAUAUACUUCCAGCUCAAAUUAAUCUCAACCCAACUUCGGGAAUGGCAUCGGCGGCGGAUCAACAACAAAAGUUCCACGUUCUCGCCGUCGACGACAGCCUCAUCGACCGGAAGCUGAUCGAGAGGCUGGUGAAGGCGGCGUGCUCCGGCGACGGGGUCACCGUGACGGUGGUGGAUUCCGGGACGAAGGCCCUCCGGGUGGUGGAGGAGGCGGAGGUGAACCUGAUCAUCACCGAUUACAGCAUGCCGGGAAUGACCGGAUACGAUCUGCUCCGGGAGAUCAAGGGCUGCUCCGCCUUCAAACACAUCCCCGUCGUGGUGGUGUCGUCGGAGGACGUGCCGUCGAGGAUCCGCAGCUGCCUGUCGGAGGGCGCCGAGGAGUUCUGCCUCAAACCCGUCCGGCUGGCCGACGUCAAACCGCAUCUCCUGAACGCCGCCUGCAAAGGGAGGCCGGCGACGGGACUGACUCCCGCAGUUUGCGGAACCGUUUGAAUCGGUCAUCCGAAUAAAUCGGGGAAUCGAAUUCCCCGGCAGCCUAGAUUGUUCAAUCCUUUUCCUUUUAGAGUGUUUACAUUGAAUUUGAGAACAAUUUUGUGCGAGUGUUCAAUUCAAUUUUUAGAUCUGUAAUAUUUGAACUCUCAGUUAAUAAAGGACCGGAUUCGUGACCAGAUUUGAACGUCCUUGUAAAAAAUUCGACUGUUUGGCCCAUUAAUUAAUACAAAAAACUUUCAUUCACCCUUAUAAAUUAGAGGCUGGUUC